CCGCCUCCUUUCCACCGCCCCCCCCGCCAUUCCCAUUAAUGAGAGCGAUCAUUAAGUGAGACACUGCCUUUAGCGAGCUUAAAGAGUUCACACACUAAAGACUUAUCAGCGGUUUUAAUUGAAAGCUACGAACCUUCUUCCACGCAUGUUCCCGGCGUAAGGAAGUGGGGAGGGGGGGCCGCUUUCAGCAAGUGCUCUCUCUCCUCUCCACCUCUCCCCCCCCUUUCCAACCUCUCCACCUUCCAACUCUCCCGCUCCCCCCCAUCUCCACCCACCCACCACCCCAUGUAAAUUUCAUGAUUGCUUUCCGUGAUGUCAUUUUGAAAAGAGACAGACAAUAGGCUGUGAGCAAAGAAAAUGAGUUCCGAGGCAAACUGCUGAGUCAAAGGUGGACCCGUGGAGAAAAGAUCAGCAGUUGCGAGACAGCCAAAGGCCUCCACAGCAGGCACACCAAGAUGAGUUUAGAGAAUGAUGAUAAGCGAGCACGUACACGAUCAAAGGCAAUCAGAGUACCUACAGAACUCAUUGGCCAGGAGGUGAGCUGCCCUACUCCAGGAUGUAACGGAUCGGGACACAUCCGGGGGAAGUACGCAAGACACAGGAGUUUACAAAGUUGCCCCCUCGCAAAGAAGAGGAAACUUCAAGGUGCAGAAGCAGAACAUUUGGCAUCCAAGAGGAAAUCCCACCCGCUCAAGCUAGCCCUCGAUGAAGGCUACAGCAUUGACAGCGACGGCAGCGAAGAGGCAGAAGCGAAAGAGGAGUCCGUGACGGACGACUCCGAGGGCACGCUGGAGGAGGAAGAGGCAGAAGCGGUAGACCAAGAGGAGGCCUGCAGCAGCUGUCCACCAGAAGAAGGCCAAAUAUCGGAAGGAAGUCUUGCAGCCAAGGGGCAGGUGUCCAAAAGCAAAGGACAGGUCUCCAACACUGGGGAGGAUGUGCACUUGCUACAUGAAGGAGCAGCGGAGGAAGAGGAGGAGGAGGAAGAAGAAGAGGAGGAGGAGGAGGAAGAGGAGGCAGUUGAGGAGGAAUGUGAAAAGGAGAUCAUCAUCCAAACGGAGGAUGCGGAGGAAGUCAUUGAGGUCACCAGUGAACGUAGCAGCGAUUUGUGCCUGGAACAUCGGGAUGACGAGGUGAGCUAUGAGGAAUCUUGCAAACUGCAAAAGGAGGAGGAAGACGAGGAAGAGGAGGAGGAAGACAAUGAAGAGGAGGAGGAAGAGGAGGAGGAAGAUGAAGAGUAUGAGGAGGAGGAAGAGGAGGAGGAAGAAGAAGAGGAGGAGGAGGAGACAUCGACUGCAGUGAUCUGUGAAGAAGCUCCUCACACAUCUCAGGACUCCCCCAAAACCCACUGUGAAGGACAGAUAGUCGGCCCCAAGCCUGAGUAUUCUGUCAUUGUGGAGGUGAGGUCAGACGAUGACAAGGACGAUGAUUCCCACUCCCAGAAAUCCACUGUGACUGAUGAAUCUGAGAUGUAUGACAUGAUGACCCGGGGGAACCUGGGUCUCUUGGAACAGGCCAUUGCUCUGAAAGCUGAACAGGUUAAGGUUGUGAGAGAGCCUGGCCAGCAGCUGGCCGGGGAGCAUGUGAAACUUUUCCAGGUCGAGGACAAGCAAAACAAAGCCCUGGACUCCAUCAGAAAGAGCUACUACAGCAAAGAUCCUUCAAGACCCGAGAAGCGAGAAAUCAAAUGCCCAACCCCUGGCUGUGAUGGCACAGGGCAUGUCACAGGGCUGUACCCUCACCACCGCAGUUUGUCUGGCUGCCCGCACAAAGACAGGAUCCCUCCUGAGAUCCUGGCCAUGCACGAGAAUGUAUUAAAAUGCCCGACGCCAGGGUGCACAGGACAAGGCCACGUGAACAGCAACCGCAACACUCACCGAAGCUUAUCCGGGUGCCCCAUCGCAGCUGCUGAAAAACUAGCCAAAUCGCACGAGAAGCAGCAGCCCCCAACUGGUGACCCAUCAAAGAACAGCUCAAAUUCUGAUCGGAUACUCAGGCCGAUGUGCUUUGUGAAGCAACUGGAGGUGCCUCAGUACGGGAGCUACAGGCCCAAUAUGGUUCCUGCCACGCCAAGGGCCAACUUGGCCAAGGAGCUGGAGAAGUACUCCAAGGUCACCUUCGAUUAUGCAAGUUUUGAUGCUCAGGUUUUUGGCAAACGCAUGCUUGCCCCAAAGAUUCAGACUAGCGAAACCUCACCUAAAGCCUUUAAAUCCAAACCUUUUCCAAAGGCCUCUUCCCCCGGCCACAGUCCCUCCAGCAGUUACGUGAAGAGCACUUCGUCUUCAUCCACAGGCUUCGACUACUCCCACGAUGCGGAAGCUGCGCAUAUGGCUGCCACUGCCAUUUUGAACCUCUCCACUCGCUGCUGGGAAAUGCCCGAGAACCUCAGCACGAAGCAGCAAGAUCUCCCCAGCAAGUCAAUGGACAUUGAAGUGGAUGAAAACGGGACUCUGGAUUUAAGCAUGAACAAGCACCGGAAACGGGACAGCGCCUUCCCCAGCAGCAGCAGCUGCAGCAGUAGCCCCAGCAUCAAAUCCCCAGAUAUAUCCCAACGCCAAAACAGCACCAGUGCCACAAGCAGCACCAUGACCUCACCCCAGUCCAGCCACACGUCCCGCCAAGAUGAAUGGGAUGGCCCCAUUGACUACACCAAACCAAAUCGACAGCGGGAAGAGGAGCCAGAAGAGUCAGAGGCUGCUGUACGUUCCUUCGCCUCUUCCGAAGUUGAUGACCAAGAAGUACCUGAAGAAAACUUUGAAGAAAGGAAGUAUCCUGGGGAAAUCACCUUAACCAACUUCAAACUCAAAUUCCUUUCCAAGGAGAUCAAGAAAGAGCUACUUACUUGCCCUACCCCAGGCUGUGAUGGCAGCGGACACAUCACGGGGAAUUAUGCCUCUCACCGCAGCCUUUCUGGUUGCCCUCUUGCUGACAAGAGUCUCAGAAAUCUCAUGGCUGCCCAUUCUGCUGACCUCAAGUGCCCAACGCCCGGCUGCGACGGCUCCGGCCACAUAACAGGAAAUUAUGCAUCACACAGGAGUCUGUCGGGCUGCCCUCGUGCCAAGAAAAGUGGGAUCAAGAUCACCCCCACCAAGGAUGACAAAGAGGAUCCAGAGCUGAUGAAGUGCCCUGUUCCUGGUUGUGUUGGGCUUGGACACAUCAGUGGCAAAUACGCCUCACAUCGCAGUGCCUCGGGGUGCCCCCUCGCAGCCCGGAGGCAGAAAGAAGGGUCUCUCAAUGGUUCGUCCUUUUCAUGGAAGUCACUCAAGAACGAGGGUCCCACUUGUCCAACCCCAGGUUGUGAUGGCUCGGGUCAUGCAAAUGGAAGCUUCCUCACUCACAGAAGCCUGUCGGGGUGUCCAAGAGCUACUUUUGCUGGGAAAAGGGGGAAAAUCUCAGGGGAUGAAAUUCUCAAUGCUAAAUUCAAGACCAGUGAUGUUCUAGAGAACGACGAAGAAAUUAAGCAGUUAAACAAAGAGAUUAGUGAGCUGAAUGAAUCCAACACUGAAAUGGAAGCAGCCAUGGUGAAGCUGCAGUCGCAGAUCUCAAGCAUGGAGAAGAACCUCAAGAACAUUGAGGAGGAGAACAAGAUUAUAGAAGAGCAGAACGAAGCCCUCUUCCUUGAGCUCUCAGGGCUGAGCCAGACUCUUAUCCAAAGUCUUGCCAAUAUCCGCCUUCCACACAUGGAGCCAAUCAGUGAGCAGAACUUUGAUGCGUACGUCAACACCCUUACUGACAUGUACACGAACCAGGAAUGCUACCAGAAUCCUGAGAACAAGGACCUGCUGGAAAGCAUCAAAAAGGCCAUUAAAGGAAUUCAGGUCUAAUUACAAUGGGACAAAGAAG